CCAAUUAUAUUAAGUCCACUGUUUCAUAGUUAAUAAUUAUGCUUAAAUAAUAUUGAGUGAUUAUUGUUUUAAUUAAUACCUACUGCAAUGUGUGUCUAUUCAGAUAUUUGGCUACUGGUUCUAACUUUUCGACUUUACACUUCGAAUUUUUAAUUGGAAUAUCUACAAUAUCAAAUAUCGUACGCGAAACUUGUGAUAUAAUAUGGAAAGUAUUACAACCAAUUGAAAUGGCACAACCAACUAUUGACGAUUGGUUAGACAUUGCAGCCGGAUAUUUCGAGAAAGCUCAGUUUCCAAAUUGCGUCGGUGCCGUAGAUGGCAAACAUAUACGUUUGGAAUGUCCCAAAAACAGUGGGACAUUGUAUUAUAAUUACAAACAUUAUUUUUCACUCAUCCUGAUGGCAAUUUGUGAUUCUAAUUACUGUUUUAGAAUCAUAGAUGUGGGUUCCUACGGCAAGGAAAGUGACUGUAAUGUCUUCAAACGAUCAGUGUUUGGUAAAAAAUUAUACGGAAAUAAUUUAAAUUUGCCACCCAAAAUUUGUUUACCUGGUGAUGAUAAUGGUAUUCCUCAGCCUUAUGUAAUAGUCGCUGAUGAAGCAUUUGCGUUACAUACAAAUUUAUUGCGACCUUUUCCCGGCAGAUCAUUAAAUGACGACAGAAGAAUUUUCAAUUACAGGUUAUCAAGGGCUCGACAACAUAUAGAAUGUUCUUUUGGAAUAUUGUCGAAAAAGUGGAGAGUUUUUCAAACAAGUUUACUGGUUGAACAUGAUUUUGCUGUCGCUGUGACAAAAGCAUGUUGUGUGCUACACAAUUUCGUUCGGCGUAGAGAUGGCAUCAACAAUGAUGAUAUCCUUAGUUGUACAAUGGACGAUUUAACAAGCCGUAGAACGGGAAAUCCGCCAACAAAUGCCAAAGAAGUUCGAGAAUACUUUGUUAAGUAUUUCAACGCUCCACAACAUGCACUUAAGUGGCAAAACAAAGUCAUUGGAAAAUAAUAUUGUUAUUAGAAUAUUUUAUAUUUAUUUUUUUUAGUUUUUACAAGUCUGCAUAAUAGACAAUAG